AUGAACAAGUCAGCGCGCAAAGCAGUGAACCUGAACGUGCUUCAACGCCACGACCCGCACAUCUCCGACAUCCUAGACAGCUCCAGCUACGUCGUCGUCUACAAGUUUGACGAGGACUCUCAAGCAUGGGUGCGUCUUUUUUCCAUGUUCUGCCGAGAGUCAUUGUCCACUCUGCCCUCGUACGGAUUCUUCAUCAUGAACCGCCUCGGGAUCGAUAACAUGAUGGCCGACUUGACCGGCGAUAUGGCCCUGCAGCUCACAUCCGACUACAUCAUUUACCGCGACGAGCACGAUAUCCACGGCAUCUGGGUGUAUGAACCCGCAGAUCGCGACCGGAUUGGUGAAAAACUUAUGGAGUAG